AUGGGCAAGUUGAAGCGUCUGCGAGUGGUGCUAUCUGAUUCCUCAGCGCUCAACCUGAGUGAUUACGACUUGGAGAUCGCAACUCCACUUGUCGAGCCUGAGGUUGACUCACCUUCGGGGCCUCGUCGGUGUACCAGACGUCCCAAUGCUGGAAAAGGUGGAGCAGCCUCUCAGUUAAGGAGGGCUGGAGAAGCUGUGAUUGAUGAACCAGGAAGAUGCACUGGCAAGGGACAACAGUUUGUUAUACCUGAUGGAGAGCCGGAGAACAUCAUGGCGCCAUCUCCAGCGAAAAAGAGAACUCGCAAGAAGGGUAAAAAAUCAGCUGUACCAGCAGUUACGACACCAGAUCAAUCGGAUGAUGCAGGUUUCGCACCUUCUCUGCACGUUGCAGAGCCUGGUGAAAGGUUCAGGUUACAGAAGAACCCCAUUCCUCCGGGUUACGUCAGUUUGCAGCAUUUUGGGUUGGAGGAGCACCCUGAGCAUCUAAAAUCUUGUAUUCAGCGGGAUAGACCACGCUCCCAUACUCACACAGAGGUUGCAAGAAGGCCUGCUGUUGAACCGCCUGUCAUACGUGCACCCACUAUCCAUGGGGCGCAGCCUACCAUCCCACGCCCGAAGCCACCUGUUCGCAAAAAAUCGUCGGGGGCAGGUCGAGCUUUUCCAGACAGCGCUUCCUCCAUCUUGUGGCCUGUUGCUGUAUCGGAAAAUGAAGAAACCGAACAUCACGGCGACAAGGAUAUGUCCAAGGUUGAUGAUGGGUUAAACAUGGUCGAUGAUGACAAGUUCCCUCUGAGCAACGACGAAAUGUGUACCUCUCCACCUGUUGAAUUGUCAAUUGACAGAUCUGCAGACGAGAAUGAGGAUAUCGGCCACACCCAGCGCCAUCAAGGUCAGGCAGAACAACGGGUCGACCGCCUUGGACAUGCAUCUCGAAAGGAUGACAGGCAAGAUAGGCGUAAAGAUCACGCUCGUUCCAAUACAAUAGCGGAAGUGCCUAACGUGGAUUAUGAUGUCGUUAAACGGCAUCAGAAGACCAAUCGUCGUAUUUGGUCUCCAUCACCAAUGUACUUGCAUUCAGUGCGCCAUUCUGGCUUCACGGUCAAACAGCCGAACACCAAGCGCGCUUGCACCAGCAAUCUCCGGUCAAACAACGAUCGUCAAGCGGCUGUGGACUCUGAUGGUGACAUGAAGGUUGAUUCAGAUUCAGAAGUCUGCGGCUGCACAAAGGCAGCCAAGAAUGCACAGGGCAGUGCUGUUGUUCCAAAACGGAAGACUCUUGGUUUCUUUCCAGAUCUUUGGGUCAAACUGCUAAAUUACACAAAGGCCUGUUUCAGGUUGCAUCUUGCCAUUGCAGACCCAUUCCCUGCACGCAAGGAAGCCCUUGGUGAUACUGGUUUCUACCCCCAAUACAAGUAUGACAUGGCCACUGUUAUCUAUAAUGAUUCCAUCAACUUUCGCAGUAGGAUCAAGCAAAUCACGAUCAAUGUUGUUCCUGUGGAGUACAAGCUGAGUGGCAGUGAGAGCGAGAUCAAACAGAAAGCAAGUACAUUGUUGAAGGGUUCAACAUAUUUGCAUGGAGACCGUGAUGAGCAUGAUCGUACUUCUAACUUUGUGCACAGCGGCCUCCGCUCUGUCUGCCUUCAAGCAUUCUAUGACGGCGGUUCGAAAUCAUUACAACAAUUUCCUGAAUUUCAUAACACCAUCCCUCGCAAAGCCCUUCUCCUCGUUGCCACCAUCCAAACAGCUUUGGGAGAUUCCGGAAAGGUGUACCAUAAACUAACAAAUAUGCUCAAGCAGGUCGCAGAUGAUGAAUAUCAUAGCGAGAAGCUCGAUGAAGCGCUCCGAUCUUGGGCUCUGACUGGCAUUACUAUUGAUCAUCGACAUCAGGAAAACCCCAACUUACUUAAUCUUGCUUAA